AUGACUACAGGAUACAGUCACACUACCUUGUCCCGGCCAUUGACGAGUACCGGAUACAGUGACACUACCUUGUCCCGGCCAUUGACGAGUACCGGAUACCGUGACACUACCUUGUCCCGGCCACUGACGAGUACAGGAUACCGUGACACUACCUUGUCCCGGCCACUGACGAGUACAGGAUACCGUGACACUACCUUGUCCCGGCCACUGACGAGUACAGGAUACAGUCACACUACCUUGUCCCGGCCACUGACGAGUACAGGAUACAGUCACACUACCUUGUCCCGGCCACUGACGAGUACCGGAUACAGUGACACUACCUUGUCCCGGCCAUUGACGAGUACCGGAUACAGUGACACUACCUUGUCCCGGCCACUGACGAGUACACUACACUUGUCCCGGCCACUGACGAGUCACACACCUUGGCCAUACGAGUACAGGUCACACUACCUUGUCCCGGCCACUGACGAGUACAGGAUACCGUCACACUACCUUGUCCCGGCCACUGACGAGUACAGGAUACCGUCACACUACCUUGUCCCGGCCACUGACGAGUACAGGAUACAGUCACACUACCUUGUCCCGGCCACUGACGAGUACAGGAUACAGUCACACUACCUUGUCCCGGCCAUUGGUGAGUACAAUUGA